CCCUACAUUAAAACAAUUAUUUCCUUAAAUGCAUUCCUCGAUUUUACUACUGUUAGUGAGUCUAGCAAAUUAGUAUUCACCAAUUUAAAAAUAACUUAUAUUAUUCGAUAGAAUUGUCCUCUUGUUUAUAAUUUUGCAUGGACUGUCGCACAAACGGAGAUUUCGAUCUCUGAAGAGGAUAGCGUCACGUUGCCAUGUGACAACGGUGAUAGUUCUUCAGGACUUUUUGUGAUAGUAUUUCCCGCAAUAAAGAUGUAGUGUAAAAUAUAUUCAGUGCAAUCUAUUCUAACCUAAUGACCUAAAACAAUUGAAAAAAUGGCAGAAAAAAAGUUCAAAGGAUCUCCAUUUGGGACCCAAACCGCAAGGUUUGAUGUCUCUGGUGUUCAUCCUAAAAAAAAGAUGCCAGGCACUUUUACAGAAAUUCCUUAUGACAAAAAGUCUAUUGAAGAACUGAACCGGCGCAUGGGCCCUGGAUCGUACUAUGUGGAUGUUGGUGGGUUCAACAGAAAGAGUGUUGAGGAGCGGUCAUCAGGGCCGGGCUGGUCUCGCGCACAUGAGGUGGAAAGGAUGGCCGCCCUACCACACCUUCUCCACAAAGAACAGUGGGAACUGAAAAAGGAAUUGGUUCGUAAGCUGGGUCCGGGGUCGUAUGAGAUCAAGGAUUUUCUGGAGUCUUCAGACUUGAAACCACGCAGUGCUCUCGGAAUCUGUGAGACUCGGGCAACCCGCUUUAAGGAACAGCAGAGUGAGGUACCGGGACCAGGUACCUAUGGUGAUGGGGGUAUUCCCCAUGCUGCCAAGGAGGCGAAGGAACAGAUUUCAACAUCAACAAUUGGGAUGCUGGAUGCUGGAUCCUCCACGCCCAGGAAUCUUCCCUCUGUUGGUUCCAAGUUGGGUCCAGGGACAUACAACUUCAAGAGCUUUGCAGAGGAGCGUGUAAACAAAGUGACGAGUUUACGAGGCCCCUAUGACCUGUUUUCUGGGGACAGGAAUAAACCCAUCACUGUUGGAUAUCUUGCUGCUCCUAAAUUAGCCAAUCUGGGCCCAGGCCAAUACCAGCUCAAGUCUUUUGUUGAUGACUGGGACACAAUCCAUCGCAAUCGCCAGGGCAGGUUUGGAAAAGUUUCGCAAUACCCUGAGCGUCCAACAGAGCGCGUCUUCUGCAGCACCCUUUCACAGUGCCCAAAGGAAACGAUCCAGCCGGGCCCAGGUCAAUAUGAGCCUGGGCAGUUGUCGAAGCCAGAGUCUAAGAAACCCCCUGGCUUCCUCUCCACGGCACAGAGGAACGACAAACUCUCACAGAAAUUCUUCACCAGGAACUUCAACCCAGUUGGCCCUGGUCGGUACGAUGUGCAGAAGUGGGAGGAGGCCCAACACAAGAAUGGUCAUCAGAGUGUCUUCCUUGCCAAGACGGGCAAACUCUCACUCACUAUGGAGAAAUUCCUCAAGGAGCGUGUAAGAGCAAAGGAUGUUCGUGUAGAAGACAGAGUAUUCCUCGUUCCCCCCCAGGGGCCUCCUGGAUACGACCUUCCAAGGUCAAACACGCAGGAAAACUUUGUAAAACGACGGGCAAUAACUAUAGCUUAAUUGUUCACUGCCAAAUUAAAAUAAACUUCCUAGAACUUCUAACUUUUUACUGAUUCUUGCCUAUAUUAUGCAAGCCAACAUUUAUUUGACAAAAUUAGCAACAUAAAUUGUUGUUAUUAGUGCCUUUUUCCCCCAUCUUUUACUGUGAAAAAUAAGCUUGUGUUCACCAAGAUAUUGUCCUGUCUCAAAAUGUGUGUGCUGUUAAAUCAUCGAGUCUCAGGCCCUGUACAAUGUUUCAUGUAGACAUUGUUUUGUUCAUGUACAUUGUUUUGUUUCAACAUAUACAAUCAUGUAAAAAAUCAUAUGAACCUGAAAUAAUAUUGAUAGGCAUAGUAACAAACGUUAUUCAUACACAUAACCCUUUAAAAACAAUUGCUAUUUUUAUGAGUUUUACAAUUUUGAUGAAAUUAAUAUAAAUUCCUUUUUCACAACUAUUAAAGUUAUUGAAAAUAACAAAGCAGUACAUAUAAGUAUGAAUGUAAGAAAUAAUGCGUUCAGUAUUAUUUUGUGUCACAGUAUUAAUUGUUAAAGCAGUAACUCUUAGAACAAAUUUAUAAAUUGAAUUGUUGUCUAUUAUAAUGUUUUGUUAUAUUGUUAUCUAUAUUUACAGAAUUCAAUUCUGAAGUUAUGAGUAGGUACUAUAAUGUUGUAUACAUUCCGGGUGUCUUUGUUUGCUCAGUCUAGGUUUUGUUGUUGUAAGUAUUGUUUUGGCUCGCGUUGUGAUUUUACUAGAAUCAUUUAGUCGAGUACAGUGCCUCAACUGUUUCUGUACGCUAUUUAGAUACAAUAACAGUAUAGAAUUUUAGCCAGAUUUUAACAGGGUGCUGCAGAAGAGGGACAGGGUGCCAAGGGAUAAAAGGGCACAUAGUAUCAGGCUGUGAUAGAACUUGAACAUUAUGAAAUUGACAGAAAGUGUUACGAACUUCGUUAUAUUUUAAUAUACCAGUAACAUAUCAACUGCUAAAUAGGUCAACUUUGUAUGUAUUUAUAUUCAUAUUGUAAGUUUUAGUUAAAAUAAAAGAAACAUUUGGUUAUCUAUAGUAUUUAAUUCUAUGAAGGCAAUGAAGGGUGCUAUUUUUUUGAUAGUAUCUUUCUGCCCUCAUAGAGACCAGUUUAAAAGAACGGGGUGCAGCACCCUUCCAUUACUCCUGAUCUGAAACCCUUAAGUACACCAAAGGGAACCAAUGUUUGGGUGUUAAAUGUUUAACAAGUAGUAAUUUUCUGUUAAACAUUUCAUUAAGAAAUCUUUGUUGGACAGUUGUAAAUCAUUAAAUUUCAAAUUUCAUUCUUCCAAACAAACCAUGUUUGGGUAUUUUAAAAUGUUUGCAGUUUUCUGCUGUUGUUGUUAUGUCAGUGAUCCCUCUGAAUGUUUGUAUGGUAGUAGCUGCUUUAAACCACGAGAUUAACACAUACAGUAUUGUUGUUUUUGGUGCACCAGUAUUAUAUAUACAAUUGUUGUGAACAUUUUGUAGUAAAAUUAGUGGCAAAUUUAGCACUGUCUAAAUGUUGUUGUUUUUUAAGUUAGAGGAUCAUUAUCUGUGUUUAUCCACUAGGUUUUAUAUUCACAUGUCAGGAAAUUUCUUUUAGGCUCUUAUGUUUUUUUGAAAACAAGUAUUUGAUGUAAAACUAAAAGUAUUUGUUGGUUUGAUUUUUACAAUUGAAAAAGCAUGUGGUACUUUUUGAGUUUUAGCACUGUUCACAAAUUCUCAAUCUGAUUCUCAGCAGCAGAGACUUUGUGAAAUAAUAGACCUGGAGAGGUGAGUUUCGAAAAUUGCCGUGCAAGGAUGAGAAUUUAAGAACUUUUCUCUGUUAUUUUGCAAUAUGUAGCACACAAGCAGAAUUUGGUUUGUUUUCUUUCAUCUGGAACUUGUAUCAUUUGUAUUACAGCAGGCUUUCCAGCAUUCCUACUUGACUCUUCCUACAUUUUUUCCAUCCUUUUCUUAUUAGCUCGUCUGUUUUUCGAAGAAAAAAAGUCGAGUUAUUGUGAUAGCCUUGGCGUCGUCUGCGUCGUCGUCGUCGUCCAAAAACUUUAACCUUACCUCAUAACUCAGACGAGCGUUGGCACCCACUCCGCGGUGCUCUUGUUAAAACCUAUGAUUCCUUCUUUUUUGUGCGGAAAAUGUUGAAAUAUAUAGAUCAAUUUUUAUCUUUAUUAAUGAAUUUUGUUCACCGAUUACCUCAGGAGUCCAAACUAAUCAAUUUAAACAUUGCCAACCUGAGAUAGUUAUAAACUCUUGUGACAAAAACUUCUUUCUUCCAUAUUGUCCAAGUUGAUUCUUACUUUUCUACGGGAUACUGCUGGAGAACCUGUAAACUUACAAAACGUUUUUAAUAAUGCUCGAGUUUUAUUUAAAUGAUCAUAAUUGUAAAUGAUCAUAAUUGUAAAUUGUAUAUAUAUUUUUCAGAGGCAUACGCUAUUAACUGGAUCAUCUAUUCUCAUAAACAUGUGACAGAAACCAUUAAAAUGCUGUGGGACUAGAUAUAAGGAGAAGCUUCCCCGACUAAUUUUUAUUAUCUGUGUAUUAUGACAAUAUGUGCAAAGCUGUUUUCUGCCGCCUUAUUCUGCUUUUAUAACCCAGUUUUCUGUCUGUGAUAUUUUGUUCCACGAACUUGUUUUGUAUUCAGUAUUUACAAUUAUAUGCAAUGUUGAAUUGUUGACAGAAGUAAUUUUUGCUCCAGUUUGUGUUAUUGUUUUUAUCAUUUUAUUGUGUGCAUUAUUGAGUGAUAAUACAUUUGGAAAAAAAAUA